AAAAAGAACGCCUACUUGUUUUUACCAAUUGCGGUUUGUCUUUAGGUUGGUUUUGGACUUAUCAGAUUAUUGGGAGGAUUUAGUUUUAGGUGGUGUCAUUUAAUUCAAGAUAAAAACAGAACAAGCCUUAAAUUUGGGUAGAAUGCGUAGUUUGGCGAUCAAAUGAACGGUCUUCCGUUAGAGCUUAUUGACUCCGUAUUUUGGUGGCUAGAUGGAGUAUCUUUGGCGAAAUCAAGAAAAGUUUGUCGUCAGUGGAGAGAACUGCAUCAACAGCCAAAUUACAAAUCACUUUGGAAGGAAAUUUGCUUUAAAGAGAUAGACAAGGAUAUUAUUAGAGAAUUAACCGGAUGUUGUAAUUCACAUAGUGUUUACGAGCUGCGUUCACAAAUUACACAAAAAGACAAACUAAAAAAUGAUGUAGAUGCGUUAAAUUAUGAGGUAGAUUGGGAAUUGGUUUAUAAACAGUGGUACAGAAGUCGUCACAUUGGAAAAUGGCCAUCGUUGACAACAGAACUUAAAGGACACAAUGGACCAAUCUGGGAUGUCAAGCUAUCUGGAGACCGAGUUGUGACGUGUGGUGCUGAUGCCACAAUCCGUAUCUGGGAUGGUUGGACAGGACAGUGUUUACGAAUACUGACAGGUCAUCUUCGGGGUGUUCUUUGUAUUGAUCUCAGAAAAAGGCCAGGAGUGUCUCCUUCAUCUGAGAAACCCCAUGAUUUGAUUGUAUCAGGGUCUCAAGAUAACUCCAUCAGUAUAUGGGACAUGGAUAAGGGGGUUUGUUUACUGAGCCUCUUUGGUCACACUCAUUGUGUGAACAGUGUCAGUGUACAGGAGGGCAUUAUCAUAUCAGGAGCAGACGAGACCUCUGCAAAAGUUUGGGAUUUUGAACAGGACUCUCCAGACAUCACAUUCUCCCUAAGUGGUCAUGAUGACUGGGUGAAGUCUGUCAGUUUAUGGGAUAACAGAAUUUUCUCUGCUACUGAUAAUGGUUUGAUGUCAUUAUGGUCUUUGGAUAAUGGAGAGCUUCUGGCUUCAGUGCGAAUCAGCACAGGUGGAAAGGGAAUCGCUGGUGCAGUAUUACGGGGAGAUACAGCUCUAGUGUUAAGCUGCAGUGGCCGCAUUACUGCGUGGACUGGUUCUGAGGCUUCAGCUGAUGCUGCAGUGCUGCGUAGCUUUUCUAUUGUUGGUCAAGGGUCAUCAGGUAUACAACAGGGAGAAUGCAUCGCACUAAGAGGGCCUUUGGUAGCCAUAGGAACACUUUAUGGUACUGUUUUUGUCUACAAGCUGAAGUCAGAUUGGGAUAAAGAGUUCCAAGAGAUUCAUACAGUUGUGAGAAGUGGGAAGUGCAGAGUCAAUGCCGUCGAUAUGGGCGAUGAUGGAGAAGGACCGGUCCUAGUGACUGCAGGGGAUGAUGGGAUUGCUAGAAUCCACCGUUGGUUUCCUCACUGUGCUGCUGAGCCUUGACAUUUAUUUAGAUGGCUGCAGGUGGUUUUGAGGGCCGUAAAUGCUUUGAAAAAGCUACUCACAGGGUGAUUCACUUGCGUGGAUUUGUCGUUCCUAUUUUGGGUUUGUUCGGGUACGCGCCGAGUUUUCCAUUUCAGGCCCAGAUCCCCCCCCCCACCCCCCCCCCUUCCCCCUCAAUAAAAUAUUUAGUUUAUAAAACUUCUUUUGAAAUCUUUAUUUUGCUAAAAAAGUAAAUUUUACCCAAAGAGAUUUAGAAAUAUUAAUUAGAAAUAUUAUUUAGAGAUAUUGUCUAUAGAAGUAUAAUGAAGAGAAUUGAAUCUGCUUGUUUCUCAGGGAUUAUUUGAUCUUAGGAAUACUAGUCACUUGUUUUGGGAUUUUGUUUUUGGAAAAAAAUGUAAUUUUUAGAGAAUUCG